ACACGCUUGGAACUUGAGUGAACUGUUGGACCAAGAGGCAUGGGGUGCUACGGUGCUACGUUAGUUUUGAUCCACCAACAAACUACAGACCAACAGGCUGUCUCUAAUUUAGAAACAUAUCUAAACAGUAGAGUGAGCCAUUGACCUUGAUGGCGGAAUCCGUCAGGACUGAAUCCUAGUUGGACUACUUUUUUGCAUCUGGUGGCUAACGAUCUGUCUGUUGAUGAUGAACCUCAUGAGAUGUAACAUUCACACAGUGUUCGAGGGGACAGCAAGGAGAACUAUUUAUCUGGACUAAGUGAAUAGCUCCCUCUUGGAAAAGUGUGAAACAUGCCCUUGCCAUUUGGCUUAAAACUCAAAAGGACUCGAAGGUAUACUGUUUCAAGCAAGAGCUGUCUUGUCACUCGGAUCCAGCUGCUCAAUGGAGAGUUUGUUGAGUUUACACUUUCAGUGGAGAGCACCGGGCAGGAAUGUUUGGAAGCAGUUGCUCAGAGACUUGAGUUAAGAGAGAUAACAUUCUUCAGCUUGUGGUACUUCAACAAGCAGAACCAGCAGAGAUGGAUCGACUUGGAAAAGCCGCUGAAAAAGCAGCUAGACAAGUAUGGGCUAGAGCCCACCGUUUACUUUGGAGUCGUGUUUUACAUACCCAGUGUCAACCAACUGCAACAGGAGAUCACAAGAUAUCAGUAUUACCUACAGAUGAAGAAGGAUUUUACGGAGGGCAGGAUCUCUUGCUUACCAGAACAAGCUAUUCGUUUAGCUAGCCUGGCAGUGCAAGCUGACUUUGGAGACUUCAAUCGAUAUGAUUCCCAGGAUUUCCUCCAGAAGCUUGCGUUGUUCCCUAUUGACUGGAUCCAGGAUGAGCGUGUGCUUGAAGAGGCCACUCAGAAAGUGGCUCUUCUGUAUCAGUCCUACAGGGGUUUAUCAGCUCCAGAGGCAGAGAUGUUGUACAUGCAGGAGGUGGAGAAAAUGGAAGGCUAUGGUCAGGAGAGCUAUCAAGCCAAGGACAGUACAGGCACAGAUGUUUCCAUGGGGUCGUGCCUCGAUGGCAUCUUUGUCAAGCAUAAAAAUGGCAGGCCGCUUCUUUUAUUUAGGUGGAAUGAAAUUAACAACAUGAGUCAUAACAGGUCCUUCUUUGUCCUGGAGCUCACCAACAGAGAGGAGAGUGUCCAGUUCCAGACAGAAGACAUGGAAACCUCCAAAUACGUGUGCCGGAUGUGUCUGGCCAGACUCAAGUUUUAUAAGAUAAACAAGAGUAGCCUAGAGGAGUGUGACCCCCUGCCUUCUGAGGGCUCCCAGAAGUCCCUUCUCACUCUAUCCUUUCCUCGCUUUCCAAUGCUCUCUCGUCCCUCUCUGCCUUCUAAUAAGGGCCAAACCCAGCCUGUCGUUGUGAACCCAGUCAGACGGAGAUCCUCUACUAGAAUUACUCUGCCAAAGCCUCAGGCAUACAUGAUGCCCCCUCCACAAAUGCACUACAAUGGUCAUUUCACAGAGCCUUACACAUCAUCACAAGACAACCUGUACAAUCAGAACGGUUAUUACUACCACUCUCAAACCAGCCUGGACUGCUCCCCUCUGGAAUACAGCAGCGGGGGGCGGUUACGUAACGGCAGUGUGUACAGCGCCCACAGCACCAGCUCUCUCACUAAUCCCCAGCACUACCUCCAGCCCUCACCCAUGUCCUCCAACCCCUCCAUCACCAGCGACAUCACCAGGCCCGACUAUGUCCCCUCGCAUCGCCACAGCGCGCUCAUCCCCCCGUCCUACCGCGCCACCCCGGAUUACGAGACAGUGAUGCGUCAGAAGAACCGCGGAGCAGGAUUUGGGAUGCUUUCGUCUCAAGACCACCGGCAGAGCCACUCCAUGAGGAACCUGAACAUUGGUAACUCGUACGCCUACAGCAGACCGGACCCUCUAGUUUACAGCCAGCCAGAGAUCAGAGGAGAGCACGGCGGAGCAGCCCCCCACCAUCACUAUCCCUUCCACCUGGGCUCCAGCUUCCACAGCCCCUCUCCUUACCCCUAUCCCACAGAGAGAAGGCCCGUAGUGGGGGCGGUCAGUGUCCCGGAGCUCACUAAUGUCCAGCUGCAACAGGCACAGGAGUACCCCGCCCCUAACAUCAUGAGAACACAUGUGUACCGACCACCUCCCCCCUACCCGUACGCCCAUCCCCGGCCCGCUAACAGCACCCCUGACCUGUCGCGUCACCUCUACGUCAGCAGCAGCAACCCAGACCUGAUCAUCACCAGGCGUGUGCACCACUCGGUCCAGACCUUCCAGGAGGACAGCCUACCGGUAGCCCACUCCUUACAAGAGGUGUCGGAGCCUCUUUUCAGCGGACCCCCACAGAGACACCCUUACCACACUCAGAAGCGGAACUCCAUUGAGAUCGCUGGAUUAGCACACAGUCUGGAGGGGAUGAGGGUGAAGGAGCGCACCGUGUCUUCCUCGGCCGCCGAAACCGUCACGCCCCCUCCCCCCCUGCGAGGCGGUCGCUCUCAAGGAUCUCAUCUCAACGUGUAUUUGGAACGCAUAAAGACGGACGACAGGGGCGACAUUAAGGAGGACGUACAGUACGGACACAAGAAGUCCCUUUCCGACGCCACCAUGCUGGUUCACAGCAGUGGGGAAGAGGAGGAGUUCGAGGAGGACAGUGGACGCCACACUCCUCUUUCCCAGGAUGCACUAGAAGCUGUUCCCGUGCAGCCGCCCCAACAGCACAACAGUUUGACACCUCUGUCGCUCCUUCAGCAGCAAACUCCCUCAGAGCCGCCUCCUGCAUAUCCCAUCGGCUCCUCUCUGGACCCCUCUAUAACCAGCUCCUUGACUUACAACGUUCACCCCCAGAGCCAGGAGGGCGAGCCUCUCUACCUGCUGUCAGAUUUACGACAGCCCAGAAUAAUGCCCUCUGUGUCUGAGGGGGACCUGAGUGGCCAGGCUAAGCAGAAGACUAAAAAAGACUUCAAGAAGAGGCCUGUGUCUGAUGUGCCUGCCGGGAAGAAAACAGUGGAAGGGUUGCCCCCUCCGGGCAUGAAGAAAGGAGCCAGGUCAGAGUUCAAGAAGAGGGGCCCAAUGAAAGAGGCUUAUCUAAACGGCCUGUCGGUGUCGAGGCAGCCGAUGCACGAAGAGGUGAAGGAUGAGCCUGAGAGAGCAUCCAAUGAAGAGAGGUGUAAGGUUCUGGAGCAGCAUAUGGAGAGAGGAGAGAUGCUGAAGGAGUACGACAGCAUCCCGAAGCGCCGCCCGGGGGGGGGGUGCUCCAUCGCCCAGCUGCCGGAGAGCGGAGACAAGAACCGCUUCCAGGACGUCAUGCCGUACGAUGACACCCGAGUGGAGCUGGUUCCCACUAAAGAGAACAACACGGGAUACAUCAACGCAUCACAUGUUAGAAUAACGGUGAAUGGGCAGGAGUGGAGCUACAUAGCGACGCAGGGUCCGAUGUCCAACACAUGUCCGGACUUCUGGCAGAUGGUGUGGGAACAGGGUGUCUCCAUCAUCGCCAUGGUCACCGCUGAAGAGGAGAGCGGCCGAGAAAAGAGUUUCCGUUAUUGGCCGCGCCUCGGCUCUCGUCACAACACGGUGACGUACGGCCGCUUCAAGAUCACAACGCGCUUCCGCACAGAGUCCGGCUGCUACGCCACCACCGGGCUGAAGAUCAAACACCUGCUGACGGGCCAGGAGAGGACCGUCUGGCACCUGCAGUACACGGACUGGCCCGACCACGGCUGCCCCGAGGACUUCAAAGGCUUCCUCACGUACCUGGAGGAGAUCCAGUCUGUGAGGAGACACACCAACAGCAUCAGUGAGCCAAAGAACACCAACCUGCCGGUGCUGGUGCACUGCAGCGCGGGGGUGGGCCGCACCGGGGUGGUCAUCCUGUCUGAGGUCAUGAUCGCCUGUCUGGAGCACAACGAGGCGCUGGAUGUCCCAAAGUUCCUGUUGAAGCUUCGUCAGCAGAGGAUGAUGAUGGUCCAGACCUUCUCUCAGUACACCUUCAUCUACAAGGUCAUCAUCCAGUACCUCCGCAACUCCAGGCUCAUAUGAGUGUGUGUUCAACCCUCAGCACACACCACCACCAUCACAGGUUAUUGAAGGGUGGAGUCUGCCCCAGGUUUAUGCCAAACUGCACUGUGAUGAUGAUGAUGAUGAUGAAGCAGCAGCUGUAUGAAACUGCUCACUGUAGCGCUCUGAGGACUCUGAUUGGUCAAGUAUUAAAGUCAGGCGUCUGAAGGAAGGAUGUGUGGAUACACAAACAGGAAGCGAUGCCACAUGAAGGAGCAUAAAGACUUACGACCUGCCUCUAAACAGUAUUAUAUAUAUUAUUUUUUACAUACAAUAUUGCUUAAUAAAGCCCAGCACUUUUACAGUACUUAGCUGUACACGAUGAACCAAUGUUAAGCUGCAUUCUGAAACUCUUUAGGAUAGAUGGGUUUCAAUGAAGAAGAACAUUGGUUCUGAUAAUGAAGGACGUUUCUGUAGUCAUGAAGUGGAUAAAGAGCUAAAGUAUCAUGUGACUCAUAUAAAGGUUUAUUACAGAGCCCAGAUCAGGUGGAUUUGAACUUCAUCAUUGGCCUGUGGUGGCACAAAGGUUUUGUACCUGCAUUUAAUUUAAUAGGAACAUAGGGUGACAUGAUACAGAAGGAUACCGUACAGCCGGAUUCGGUAAAAAACGUUUACCCACCAAACGUUAUCAAAACACAACAGGAACCAUCUCCUAUCCUCAAAGAUGGGAGAUGGUGGAUUGAUGGGUUUGAGAAGCAGGUGCGAGGCAAAAGUCAAAUUGGAUAAAUCAUUUUGUACUGUUCAUUAUUUUUUUACAAUGAGAAAUCCGAGUGCUGUAUUUUAGCCAGAUCAAGAUACUUUAAGAUGUUAUUACAAGACAAAGUGCCUACAUAUCUGCGUUUAAAAAGGACUAUUAUUGCAUCAUAAGAAGGAAAUGUAUUAGUUUUCUUACUCAGUGUAAUUUAAUGCUUGUUUGAUUGCAGUGAUGUUUUUGUACCGCCAAUCAAUACAUUUUAGGGACAGAAAUGGCAAACUAUGAUCAUAAUAAUCAUUUAAUUUGGUUCAACCCUUCAGUAGUGACAUUUUUGCCAUCGUUAAAUACAUAGAAAUGGAGCAGUGGGGCCAUUUGACAGUAUUGAGAAACAACAGUGCUCAGUGACACUUUGACAUCCUGACUAUCUUUAUUUUUAUUAUUCCUGCUGUUACAAUAGCAUCCUGACUUUUAGUGAACACUUUCCUUUCCUGCUCGAGCUACAGAGCGUAUUUAAAGCCAAUUAUGAAUUCACCUGUCCAGGAACAAUGCGUACAGGCGAAGUUUACAUAAAGUCAAACUACUUUUUAGAAAUAUGUUUGCCUUUAUUAUCAAUGCAAGACAACAAUUUAAUUUAUAAUGUGGCCAAAGUGAUUUUUAACCCCUUAUUUGUCUUACCUUGUUGUGGGUGUCAGACGCGUGGGCAGUGAUCUAACUUAACUGGAGGAAACUCAUCUGAACUGAAGUUGAGAUGAGUUAAACUGGAUCUUUUUAAACACCCGUAUGAAUUUGCUUCAGGUUUUUGGUUUGAAGAUACUGAAUGAGUCUUAGUGUGGAGGAGACUGAAGAGUGAUUUUGGAUGCCAAGGUGUAACUGUUGUCCAUGUACAGGUCUGUUGUUCAUAAUGUACAAUUCUGCUUUUAUGAAUAUUGGUUAUUGUACAAACUGUAUAAACUAUCUAUUGAACAAGAAAUGGUAUGCCAUUGGAAAAAAGUGUAGAAAAUCUUUUCAGCCAAGAAUAAAUAUUUGGAAAUA